AUGCGUACUCGGAAGGCCUCAAGUGUUGUGAGUAAACGGCUACAAACCCUGCACGACGCCGGGAAUUCCCGGCGGGGGGAAUCGAUCCGGUAACCGAAUUAAUCAAGGAGAUGCGUCGGCGGCCGAUUAGAGACUCCAUUAUAAAACACUAACGAGCCGGUUGUCCCCAGCAUAAAGGGAAAUGGCCAAGAGUUGAGCGCAAAUGUCCUCGUGUUCAUAAAAAAUAACUCCGCCUUGAAUCCACGCACUUUGUGCAGUUCGGCGAGGUCUUCGCACCCCUCGCUCGCUCGCCCCGGCCCUAAUGUGGCCCGGCUAAAGCGGGCUUUGGGGGCGCCCGCCCGAUUCCCGGCUACUACAGUGGUAGCGCGGCCGAAAAGAAGGGGAAAAUGAAGGCACACGAGUCGAGGGAUUUGUGGUAUGUGUGCUUCUUUUGUUUUCUUGCGGGUAUUCAAAGCCCGUGGGUCUGUGUAUUCCUUGCGGUCACAUUUGUACGUCAUAUCUCGGAGAGUAACUUUUACGGCCGCCGUGCCGCCCGAUCAAACCCUUCCCUUCCUAAUUUGAACUUUGUUUUUGCUUGCGGGCUUUAUUUUGCCUUCUUCCUUUCAAACCUUCGGCUCGUUUAUUCCGUGCCGACACAUCUAUCUAUACUUUAUGAUACGAUUAAGUGUGGCACGCCAUAACUAAUCCCUUAAGGACGCUGAUGGACCUGACCGUCGUCGCUCGACCCUCCUGACCAGCGUCCAUAUGGUCUGCGCACCGACCAUGCACUCCAAGAUACCACAGACACUUCAUCAAUUCGACGCCUCCACCGCUUCGCCGGGCAUCGUGACCGCCACCAGACGCCGUCUCCCCCCAACUCCACACAAAGACCCGCCCGACCCGGGGCUCGGAUCGACAAUGACGACGAGUACGCGCAGCCCCGUGACGGGUCUUCUGGGACCUGUAAUGCGCCGCUCUUCCUCGCCCAGAAUGCUGCCAACCCCGCCCCUGCCGCCGGCGUCCUGUUCAGUACAAGCGACCACCUUAAUGAACAACUCCUUCCACAGCACCACUUCGUCGUCCCCGCCCAUCACCCACCAGCUCCAAGUCAUGAAUCGGCGUCCAUCCACGGGCCGGCGACUCCCUGACGCGCCCGCCCCUUCAUCAUCGUCAUCAUCAUCACCGUUUCCGUCCUCUCUCACCCCCAGCACCUCCAUGUAUUCUGAAUCUCACUUGCCCCCGUCCACUGCCGAUUCCUACUUGUAUCGUUCCGCUUCCGCUCGCAAUGCUACAUCUCAAUUAAAGUAAGAUGAUUUGAUUAAUACAAAGGCUGUUCCACAAUCCAAUAACGAUACUAAUUAUGCGCACUUUCCUUUCAGAGCCGCUCAGUUGCCGCCGGCCGCGCCUCGGUCCUCCAUAGCCAGUUCAGAUCCCCGUCCCGAGAUGAGCACCGUGAAUCGGCUGGUGCCCGAACCCCUCACCAUGCCCAAGCCUAUGAAUACAGUAUCCUCCGCGCCACAGACCCCCCGAGAAAGCAACUCCGACAUUCCAGCCGGCUACAAGAAGGUCCGCAAGUGCUCCUUCAACGCUGACGUCGGCCGAGAUUCGUUGUCACGGAACGGUUCGAUGGCACACCUUCUGGAGCAACAACACCUACUUCGACGAGAGUUCAACGCUACACCUGAUUCCGUACAGUACUCGACCAACUCGUCCCUCAGUCCGUCUAUUGAACAGGUACAAGUUGUAGGGUUACUGUAGAAAAGUUAACUACGAUUACAGUAAAUGUAAAUAUGCUAGUUAAAUUUUGAAAUUUAUAGUAAACACAGUAGAAAAAAACAUAUUGAUUAAUAUAAUACAAUUCCAGCUAAACAUAGAAGGCUCUCAGAAGGACAGUUCAGAUGGAGAAGAUCCCAGCCACCACGGGCUGAAUCCCUCACUGUACCUGGGCCGUCGAACGCCCAGCUCCAGUAUCUCGUCGGUGAAUGACAUCCAGCCUGUACAAAACACACCCACGGCUGCUCCGGCCACCGAACCCGAGCCUCGGCCGAAAGGGCUGGGCCUAGUCCAUUGCUCAUUACAACAUUUUCCUGUCCGCAAACGCCUCAGGGUAUCCAUCCUGAAGAUAGAAGGUAAACAAACAGUGUGUUCUCCAUUCAAUUUUUAACCAAAUUAUUAUUAUUCAGGACUGGCCGGCGAGCUUCGACCGGAUUUGGAGAUACAGGCAUUUUGCAAAGUAAAUAUUCUACCGGGUAAAGCAAACAAACAACAAGUUAGUGUCGUCAAACGGGGCAGAGAUAUUGUAUAUAAUGCUGUAAGUACUGCAACUUUUUAUGUUGUGAUUGUGUAUGUUGUAAUCAAUGUAGAUUUUGUCUUUCCUAACUAAUAUUACCAACUUUCUGUAAUAAUGCUGGAGUUAAGACUACUGUAACUUCUUUAAAGACCCAUGUAAAUACUUUAUAAUGUCAUUUUGGAUCCAUAACUUAACUCCUGAGACCGUCAAGACCAAUAUCCUGGAUUCUUAUAACCCGUUCAGAGAGAGCAUUACCCACAACAAUUACUUUCCCAUAUCAUAGUACUAUAACAAUGCUUCAGGAAUUCUUUUUCGACAAUAUAUCAGUCGAAGACAUCGACGGCAAGUCGUUGGCGCUGGAAGUGUACCACCAAGGCACGACUAAAAUACAAAAGGACCUCGAGAUCGGGCAGAUAAUGGUACCAUUAAAGGAACUCACUCAGCUCUACUCCAAGAAGGAGGUCCGGAUAGUCGAGGAACUCAAGUUCAAACCCAGCAGUAAAGUGAGUUUACUACACACAUAAAAGUCACAGUACAAGCUUUAGAAAGUGUAAUUAACCUUGCUUUUUCUUAAUCAGACAUAUUUUGAGAACCUUUGAUCUAAAACAAGAUGCUUCCUUUCGGUAGUCAAUUAUUUGUCAAAUAACAUUAUCAUCGACAAUAAAACUUUAUUAUCUCACUUUCCCUUUCAGAAACUGGGUAAAAUUUUUAUCACGACGUGUCUGGAGAAGGAAGCUCGCCGAUUGACAAUAAACGUGAUAAAGGUGGAGGACCUCCCCAAAUGGGGAAUCAUCGGAUCUCCAGGUAAAAGAAAAAGCUUUCAAGUCAAGACACUAAAACAAUGUUAAUAUGCUAAAACGAUGUUUAUAAUACAUCAAAAUAUUUACUUCGUAUUAACAACCCUAAAGCAAUAUAUUCACAUUACUUUAGACGUUUGUGUUCGGAUUACAUUGAGCCAAAACAACGGUAAUCCCCAAACAAAGAGUACCAGAGUACUGAAGAGCACGUGCACGGCCGUCUACAAGGAAGCCGUCAUGUUCCUAAUCUCGACCAGCAAGACAGACCUGAGCAAGACCAAGAUCACGAUAUCAGUGCAUGACGUGCUCCGUUCCGUGACCGGGGACGACGUGAUCGGGUCCGCGUACCUGGGCGAACUCGCGGUGGACAAGUCCGAGCAAGAACAAUGGAAGAACACGUCCGAGAAGUUAAACAAGGAGUUCAAAGGCUCCCACCAGCUGAAGCCCCCCAAUCAAGCGCCCGACGUGCACGUCUCCGAGAUGCCGUCCGACGAUCAGUUGGACGAGGAGGAUGAAGAUUGA